GAGGGAUGGGAGUGUGUGCAGCCGCGGUGUGAGCGUGCAUGUGUUUGAGGAGCCCCCUCCUCCUUAACUAGCUGGUCAGCAGCGGAGGGAUUAGUGAAGCACACCUCCACUCACUACUAACAGGGGGGGGGGAAGUUGCAAUAAGCGUGAAUCAUGGUCGUCGUCAUUACUACCGGCUGGGAGUGGAGCCGAAAUUGUGCAAGAUACGGAUAACGGAGAAGAAAGGUCCUUGCGGAUCGAGUCAAGUUUCCCCAGGUCUCCUCGUUCCGCCGUGAAAAAUGCCUCGCCAGAGGCUCCGCUGCUGCUGCACGCCGCUGCUGCCUCUUCUCCGACCCGUCCCCUGCCUCCUUCACAUGUGCUUUAUGGCGAAGAAGUGACCAGGAUACAAACCUGUAAAAGGAGUCCGUGGAAGGGCGACAAAAACCAAAGGACGUGCGGAUAUUUUUUUUAAUUUUUUUUUUACUUUACUUUUUCCCCGUGUGGAGAUUGUCUCAAGUAGGAGAGAGAGAGCGAGAGAGAGAGAGAGAAAAGUUGUACUCAAAGAGGAAAACAUGGGGAACGCGGGGAGCAUGGACCAGCACGCUGAUUUCAGAGGACACAACAUGCCUCUGAAACUCCCCAUGCCCGAGCAGAGUGAACUGGAGGAACGAUUCGCAACCGUUUUGAACUCGAUGAAUCUUCCUCCUGACAAAGCGCGACUGUUGCGGCAGUACGACAACGAAAAGAAGUGGGAACUCAUCUGCGAUCAGGAGCGAUUCCAAGUGAAAAACCCGCCUCACGCGUACCUCCAAAAGCUGAGGAGUUAUCUAGACCCCGCAGUCACAAGAAAGAAAUUCAGACGGAGAGUUCAGGAGUCCACUCAAGUCCUGAGAGAACUGGAAAUUUCGUUGCGGACCAAUCACAUCGGGUGGGUGAGAGAAUUCUUAAAUGAGGAGAACAAAGGUCUGGACGUGCUGGUGGAGUAUCUUUCUUUUGCACAGUAUGCCGUCACGUUUGAUGGAGACUGUGUGGAGAACAACCCAGAGGCCCCUAUGGAUAAGUCUAAGCCCUGGAGCCGCUCUAUAGAAGACCUGCAUGGAGGAGGCAGCCUGCCGUCUUCCAUUACUGGGAACAGCCUCACACGUGCUGGCCGACAUUCCACAAUACGCUGCAACACACUUCCGAGCCGGAGAACUCUGAAAAACUCCAGACUGGUCUGCAAGAAAGACGACGUCCACGUCUGCAUCAUGUGCCUGCGUGCCAUCAUGAACUACCAGUAUGGCUUCAACAUGGUCAUGUCUCACCCACAUGCUGUGAAUGAAAUUGCAUUAAGUCUCAACAAUAAAAACCCGAGAACUAAAGCUCUGGUCUUGGAGCUCCUGGCGGCAGUUUGUCUCGUGAGAGGAGGCCACGAAAUAAUUCUCUCUGCGUUCGACAACUUUAAGGAGGUGUGUGUGGAGACGCAGCGGUUUGAGAGGCUAAUGGAGUAUUUCAAGAACGAGGACAACAACAUCGACUUUAUGGUGGCCUGUAUGCAGUUCAUCAACAUAGUCGUUCACUCAGUGGAGGACAUGAACUUCAGAGUUCACCUACAGUACGACUUCACCAAGCUGUGUCUGGACGACUACUUAGACAAACUAAAGCAUACAGAGAGCGAUAAGCUGCAGGUUCAGAUCCAGGCCUACUUGGAUAACGUGUUUGACGUGGGAGCUCUUCUGGAGGAUGCGGAGACCAAAAACGCCGCCCUGGAGCGCGUGGAGGAGCUGGAGGAGAACAUGUCGCAUAUGUCAGAGAAGCUGCAGGAUACGGAGAACGAGGCCAUGUCCAAGAUCGUGGAGCUUGAGAAGCAGCUGAUGCAAAGAAACAAGGACCUUGAAUCGAUCAGGGAAGUCUACAAAGACACCAGCUCGCAGGUACACUCGCUGCGGCAGAUGUUGAAGGAGAAGGACGAGGCCAUCCAGCGACAGAGUAACCUGGAGAAAAAGAUCCACGAACUGGAGAAACAAGGCACCAUCAAGAUCCACAAGAAGGGAGACGGAGACAUCUCCAUCCUGCCCUCGCCAUCCUCCGGUGUGGGUGGCUUGCCGGGUGUUACGAUGGGAGGAAACAGUGCAGCUGUCACUCCAAAUCACUUGGGAGUCGUAGCUGGGAUGCCGGCUCCUCCACCACCUCCUCCUCCACCACCCCCACUGCCAGUGAAUGGCACAUUGUUAAACGGACCAUCGUCAGCCAUUCCUGCAGCUGCAGCUCUCCCACCUCCACCGCCUCCCCCUCCCCCUCCACCUCCGCCUCCCCCUCCAGGGCUAGCCUCGCAUAUCUCAGGACCUCUGCCUCCGCCGCCUCCUCCUGUAGCGCCACCGCUGCCCGGCUGUGGGACGCCCACUGUCAUCCUGAACUCUGGCUUAGCAGCUGUUAAGAUCAAGAAGCCGAUCAAGACUAAGUUCCGUAUGCCCGUCUUCAACUGGGUAGCCCUGAAACCGAACCAGAUCAACGGGACUGUCUUUAAUGAGAUCGAUGAUGAGAGGAUACUCGAGGACCUAAACGUGGAUGAGUUCGAGGAGAUGUUCAAGACGAAAGCUCAGGGCCCGGCUAUCGACCUCAUCACCAGCAAGCAGAAGAUCAUCCAAAAGAUGCCCAACAAGGUGACGCUGCUGGACUCCAACAGAGCAAAGAACCUGGCCAUCACACUGAGGAAAGUGGGCAAGCCUCCUGAGGAGAUCUGCAAGGCCAUUCAGAUCUUUGACCUGCGAACUCUGCCGGUGGACUUCGUGGAGUGUCUGAUGCGCUUCCAGCCCACGGAACAUGAGAUUAAAAGCAUGCGACAGUAUGAGAAGGAGCGCAAACCCCUGGAGAGCCUGACGGACGAGGACCGCUUCAUGAUGCAGUUUAGUAAAAUCGAGCGGCUCAUGCAGAAGAUGACCAUCAUGGCCUUCAUCGGCAACUUCUGCGAGAGCGUGCAGAUGCUCACACCGCAAAUUCAUGCAGUCAUUGCAGCGUCUGUGUCCAUCAAGUCGUCACAGAAGCUAAAGAAAAUUCUAGAGAUUAUCUUGGCACUGGGAAACUACAUGAACAGCAGCAAAAGGGGAGCGGUGUACGGAUUCAAGCUGCAAAGUUUAGACUUGCUACUUGAUACCAAGUCGACGGACCGUAAGCUAACGUUGUUACACUACAUAGCUAAUGUGGUGAAGGAGAAAUACUCCCAAGUUUCUGUCUUCUACAAUGAGCUGCACUAUGUGGAGAAAGCUGCAGCAGUGUCGUUGGAGAACGUCCUGCUGGAUGUUAAGGAGCUGCUGAGAGGCAUGGAGCUGACCAAAAGAGAGUACAGCAUGCACGGCCACAACACCAUGCUCAAAGACUUCAUCGCACACAAUGAGAACAAGCUGAAGAAGCUGCAGGAUGAUGCCAAGAUUGCACAGGAUGCCUUUGACGAGGCGGUGAAGUUCUUCGGGGAGAACGCCAAAACAACGCCACCCUCCGUCUUCUUCCCUGUGUUUGUGCGAUUUGUUAAGGCUUACAGGCAAGCAGAAGAGGACAAUGAGCAGAAGAAGAGACAGGAGCAGAUUUUGAUGGAGAAACUUCUCGAACAGGAGGCCAUGAUGGAGGAAGAGAAGAAGUCUCCAUCUCAUAAAAACAAGCGGCAGCAGCAAGAGCUGAUCCAUGAGCUCAGGAAGAAACAGGUGAAAGACAGCCGCCACGUCUACGAAGGCAAAGAUGGAGCGAUAGAAGACAUCAUCACGGUGCUGAAGACAGUGCCCUUUACCGCCCGCACAGCGAAGCGUGGCUCUCGGUUCUUCUGCGAGCCCGCCCUCAAUGAGGAGUACCAUUACUAAGCUUGUAGAACUGUCUCUCUUCUCUAAGGUUGCUGGAACAAAACAUUCUCUUCUUUAUGUCUCUCUCCUCCAUCCUUGCAUGCCUCUUCACACGUCCUCCCUUCUUUUAAACCGUCACACUCAACCCGCACACUUUCGGACCUGUGUUUGUGCACCGUGCCCGAUAUCGUGUGUGUUCUCUCUCCUGAGUAUGACUCGGUGUAACGGUUUUCUCUGCCCACCUGCAUGAAGUGUGACCCCGUCAUUUAUCAUCAUCAUUUUAUCAACCAUGGCAAACCAUAAUGUCACAGAGGAAACUGUCUCCAAGUUCAUACUUUUAUCUGCAGUGACAGGAGAUGAGAAUCGGUGAAAGAGUGUACGUUUUCUCAUCAAGCACUGGAGUAGAAUAGUUGAGCUGCGUGCUGCCAUCUAGUGCUAACGGAUUAAAAACAAAUACUGACUCAUGAGUCAAAUACUUUAGCGUUUAUCACUGAUUAGAUUCAAAUUGAAUGGUUAUUUAAUGCAGUGUGUGUAUGUAAAAUAUACAUAUGUGAGCUUUAGUCAUCCUCUACAUGACAGGUAUGACUGAUGUCAUUAUUGUGUAAGGGCCUGUGGCAUUAUAACUUGCUUUUCUUUGUUUUCAAUCAGUGUUUUAAUGAAAAAUAAAUGUCCGUGUGUUCGUUAUCACAUAUCAUCACUGCUGCUGAAACCGCUUCUUGCAUGCCGAUUGCUUCAUCUCGAACGCUUUCCCACAAUGCAUCCCUGCUCUCCCAGUUAGCCCGAAUGCUGUGCCUGCUCCUGCCGCUGGCUGACAGGUCACCUCUCUGUCAAAUGACUCUCUGUGGUGUGGCAGGCUCGCUAAUAUUCUGCAUGACGUCUACAUAUGCAUAAUCUCUUACAUUGCAGCAGUCUGUCUUUGCGGUUGCAUUCUGCGCGUGUGUGUGUGUGUGUGUGUGUGUGUGUGUGCGCUACUAACAUGCAGCCAGGUUGUUUCACUGAGUUUACACCUGUCAUCCGGCUGCAUGCAUGCUUUGGUUGCUGUUGAAUGUAACAAUCCUGCUGUGUCCUGGAACGGUGUUAGCUUUGUUUUAAUUCACAAUCGCUCUGUACUGGAAGUUUGAAACGGGCUCUUUCUCUAUCCUGCUGGCAGCCACUCUGCAAAGCAGACUGAGUUUAUAACACAGAAAAAUAAGAAACUACAGAAGCUUUGAUCCUCCUCGCUGCCAGAUGAACCAGUUAACAUUCUCCAGCUCUGUCCCUUCUCAUGCCCUUCUCCCUCCUCUGGCCUCCCCCCCCCCCCAUGCAGCCUGCUGCCACUUUGCUUUGCUCUCGCAGUGCUCUCUUAGCGCUCUCUUAGCAAAGCAGGGGUGAAUAUGCCGGGCUGACAUGCUCCUGUCAGCCUCCUCCUCCUCCAUU